AUGCACUUCCUCUUUAAGAAAAUGUUUUCUUCUUCAGCUAUAGUAUUGUUUAGUCUCACUGCCUUUGUUCUUUUCUGCAACACCAAUGCUGUUAUAAAGCCACCAGGAAAUGCAACCAUUCCAGCAUUUAUAGCUUUUGGAGAUUCAAUCAUGGAUACGGGCAACAACUAUAUAGAAACUAUAGCAAAGUGUAAUUUUCCUCCAUAUGGGAGAGAUUUUGUAGGAGGAAAACCAACAGGUAGAUGGAGCAAUGGAAAGGCCCCCACAGACCUAAUAGCGGAGGAAUUGGGAAUUAAAGAGCUUGUGCCCCCAUACUUGGAUCCAAACUUGCAACUUCAAGAUCUCAAGACUGGUGUAUGCUUUGCUUCUGGUGGCACUGGAUAUGAUCCCUUGACUCCCAUUUUAGCGUUUUUUUUUUUUUUUUUUCAAAAAUCGGUCAUAUCUUUGCCCGAUCAAUUAAGAAUGUUCAAAGAAUACAUAGGGAAACUUAAUGCAACUUUUGGAGCGGAGCAGACAAAUUUCAUCUUGGCCAACAGUCUAUUUUUCUUGGUAGCAGGCAGUAAUGACAUUGCCAAUACAUAUUAUCUUUCUCCUUCACGGGAAAUUAUGUACGAUAUCUCUUCUUACACUGACCUUAUGAUCAAGUUUGCUUCCAAAUUCUUAAAGGAACUUCAAGGUCUAGGGGCAAGAAGGAUUGGAGUAUUCAGUGCACCGCCACUAGGAUGUAUACCAUCACAGAGAACUACGGUUGGAGGAUUACAAAGAAAUUGUGCAGAAAAGUACAACCGAGCAUCAUUGUUGUUCAACUCUAAACUUAAUACCACAAUAGACUCCCUUAACAAGAACCUGCCAGAUAGUAGGAUAGUCUAUGUUGAUGUUUACAACCCUUUUCUUGAUAUCAUUGAAAACCCUCAAAACUAUGGCUUCCAUGUUGCAGAUAGAGGGUGUUGUGGUACAGGGGACAUAGAAGUAGCUGUACUAUGUACAUCAACUCCCACCACAUGCGUAAAUGCUUCUGAUUAUAUAUUUUGGGAUAGUUAUCAUCCCACUGAAGCAGUAUACAGGACCCUUAUUUCUCAAUUCCUCCCAAAGUACAUCAAUAGCUUCUUCUGA